CAGACAGAGUUGCCAGAAAUUAUUCGUUCUAGCAGUUUCCCAUGAAAUUGGGCGCACUGCUUCAAUGUUUACUUUUGUUGAUUCGAGCAGAAUGAUGUAAAUAAACUAAAUUUAUUGUUUUUUCAGAACGGAUUGCGGUAGAAUCAUGAAACGGGAUUGUUAAGGCCGGAACUUUUUCGUCUGCGAUGACCUGGAGCCAGCAUGCUUCGGUUUUUAUUAAUUGUUUUCUUUCGUUUGGGCAGGACGUUCAGCAGAGGAGCGAUGGUGGGGACGGAGAUGAUACAUCGAGGCGGAACCGGUAGGAAGUUGCCGGCGAUUGCGACGAGCAGCUAGUCCAUCGUAGACAGUUUGCUGUGGCUGCGAGGUCUGUUCAAUUUGGGCAAUACCGCCUUCUUCUUCCGUGCAGAGUGAAAAUUGCCACCCUGUCUUCAAACAAUGUCAAAAUUUCUUCAAAUAAGUAGCUUAACAAUUUUUCCUAAGACACCAACGCUUUAAAAGGUCACCAGUAGAAGUUAGGGCUUGGUCGACACCCUGUAGGUGUGUCACCCUGCAUGUCAAUAAUUUUAAAUAAAAGCCGCAUUCAUAUACAACAACUUUUCCUAAAACACCAUUUUGCUAGGUUGCUUCCUUAUAACGUUAAAAAAUAAGAUUUCGAAAUAUCUACCGAAGUACUGACAGUGUUAGCAAGAAAUAUAAUUUUAAGCACUUAUUUUGACAUGCCUCGUUUAAAACUCUGUAUCUUUUUCCAGAAGCAAGAUAGGACCAUACUUUCUUCAGGAAAGUUUUAGAGGACAUUCAGGACUAUACUUCUACGGUGUUAGUUUUUAAAUUGAGUGAAAAAUGAAAAUUAUAAAAAUCAAAAUGUAAAAAAGAGGGUUUUCCCAUACAAAUUUCCAUACAAAUUUGAAUCACUUUGCGGAAAGCCGGGUCAAAUCCAAUCGCUCCCAAAUUUUGGGGGCCCAAAUGGGACCGCAAAAUGCCUGUUCUGAUUGAAUUAGUCCAUUUUGAUUUUUUCCCAUACAACUUCAAGCCACCCUAGUGCGUAUACUGCCUUUAGGACGCACAAAACACCGCAUCGUAACGAAGUUAUAAAUAGGCACGAAACUUCACGACUGGCUGGUGUCUUCUUCAGUAAAAAUCGUGCACUUGAGCAGUGAAGAUCGCGUGGUUGACCAUAUAUGUGAAAAAAUGAGUAAAGAUCAAUUCACCGUGCUGGAGAGCCCCGAGCUGGGCCGGUACGGAGUCGCCAGGCGUAACUUGAGGGCCGGAGAGAUCAUCUUCGAGGAGCAAGUGUUCGCGAUCGGUCCCAAAGCGAGCACGUCGCCGCUCUGCCUGGAGUGCGCUAGCCCGGUAGAUGGCGGGGCCGACGGACCAAAGUGUCCCCAGUGUGGGUGGCCGUUGUGUGAGGAAUGUGUCAGGAGUGUCGUGUAUCAUAAGGCAGAAUGUGAUCUUUUUGUGAAGAACAAGGUCAAGUUUCAGAAUCAGCAGAAUACUGACGGUUGUUGUGCCCAGUUGGAUUGCAUAACUCCGUUGAGGGUGUUGCUCGCGAAGGAAGCUGAUCCGGAACGAUGGAACGGGGAAAUCUGUAUGAUGGAAGAUCAUCGGGCGGAGCGUGCUGGGAGCGUGUAUUGGAAUGCGGAUCAGAAUAAUGUUGUCAGAUACUUGCGCCUUGCUUGCGGUUUGAAGGAUCGCUGCUCGGAAGAGUUGAUCCAGCAGGUGAUUGGGAUCUUGGAGGUGAACGCGUUUGAGGCACGAACCCAUCGAGGAUACGCAGUGCGGGGUUUGUACCCAAAGUUGGCGAUCAUGGCGCAUUCGUGCGUGCGGAAUGUGGUGCAUUCGAUUCAUCCGAGCAAGGAUUACAGGCUCAUAGCGAGAACGGCGAUCGACGUUGAGGAAGGUGGAAAGCUGUACACCAGCUAUACUUUUGCGCAGGACCCUACUCACUACAGGCAGACAACGCUGAAGGACUCCAAGUACUUUUCCUGCCAGUGCGAGCGCUGUCUGGAUCCUACAGAGCUUGGGACCUACUUCAGCUCUCUGAAGUGCCGGAAGUGUAACAAGGGAUCGAUGGUGUCGAGCAAACCAACAGACGAGGAAGCCGAAUGGCACUGCACGAGCUGCGACCGCGUACUCGAAGCAGACGCGAUGGCCAUCGUAACUAAGGUGAUGCAGGACGAUGUUGGCAAGAUUGUCUACAUGGAGUCCGGAACGGAGCGGCUGGAGAGUUACGAGCAGGCAUUCGCAAAGUAUAGCGCCGUGCUAGAACCGCUGCACUACCUUUUGACCUCGAUUCGGCAAUCUCUGAUCGAGUUGUACGGACGAGUUCCGGAAUACCGACUGCAGGAGCUGUCCGAUGCCAAGCUGGAACGGAAAAUUGCACUGUGCAAAGACAUCAUGCGCGUGCUGGACGUGUUUGAGCCGGGAAAGACACGAUCGCGUGCGAUAGUGCUGUACGAACUGCACGCACCAAUCGUGGUGCUGAGCCAGUCUCUGCUUGAUCAGGGUAAAAUUGACAUCGAAACGAUGAAGGUUCGGUUCGAAGAGGUGGUCGUGAUGUUGGAAGAAUGUGCCGAGAUCUUGGAGUGGGAAGAUCCGGCGACGCCGGAGGGUACGCUGGCGAAUCUGGUUAAGGAGUCGAUCGUCAAGUUGACUCUCUAAUUUUAAGCGCUUUUUUUUAUAAUCAGCAAACACCAAAUAAAGCGAAUUCUGCAAUUCGUUGUUUUGUUUGGUAAUGAUGCUAAAUCACUUUGUAGGGGUUUCAGCGUAGCAGAAGACUGCAUUUUGUAUACUAAUGUAGUUUAGAUCAGACUUGCUAACCAUCAUUUCGGACGAAUCGGGACUAUACUUUACACACGAUCUUUCGGUAUUAUUGCGUCGUGACUUGCCUACUGUAUCCAACCAACCGUGCCGAAUACGCCACUAAAUGCGGAGACCCGUGAAAGCACCUCUGGCCUUGAUCCGCGUCGACAUUUGAGCUUGGUGCCACCAUCUGGCGCAAUUUGACCUAACAAAAAAUAGGUGAGGAAGGCAAAACUAUUUUGGGUAGAGAAUCCCAAAGAUUUGAAGCCGAUCCGAGCACUUUAAAGUUUGGCCCUGCCGGUGUUUGUUGUUGUAGGAAAUUGUUGUAUUGGAACACCGUAAACACAAUAUUUUUAUUCAACAAUACACUUUAGUCGCCUAGCAGAAUUUUGUAAGAUGUUCAAUAA